CAUUUACCAUCGGCCGAAGCUGCUAACACUCCAGAGAUAGGGUUUCGCUUCUGUUGCCCAAAACCCUUUUUCUUUUCUUUUCUCCUUCUUUCUCUUUUGGAUGCAUCCAUGGCCUGAAUCCGUACAACCCUAAUUCUCACUCCAAUUCUCAAUCUCCCUCAAAAGCCAUCUUCCUUCCUUCCUUCCCGAUAAAUUAAUUUUCCAGGUUUCUACUGAAACCCUAGAAAAUGUCGGGAGGGUUUUUCCGGGGUACGUCGGCUGAUCAGGACACUCGGUUCUCGAACAAACAGGCAAAGCUGUUGAAAUCUCAGAAGUUCGCUCCGGAAUUGGAUCAUCUGGUGGACGUGACAAAAGUGAAGAUGGAUGUUAUUAGGCCCUGGAUUGCUAACAGGGUGACUGAGCUUCUAGGAUUUGAAGACGAGGUUCUUAUCAACUUCAUUUAUGGGCUUCUUGAUAGAAAGGAUGUGAAUGGAAAGGAAGUUCAAAUAUCACUGACCGGGUUUAUGGAGAAAAAUACAGGUAAGUUUAUGAAAGAGCUUUGGGCACUUCUUCUCAGUGCGCAGAAGAAUGCAAGUGGUGUCCCUCAACAGUUUUUGGAUGCCAAAGAAGAGGAAACUAGGAGGAAGAAGGUGGAGGCAGAUAGGAUUGCCAAUGAAAUUGAGAAGAAAAAAGAGAAAGAAAUUAAAGAACUGGAGCAGGAGAAAAUGAAGAAGAUGGACGGCGGGAUUGACAACUCAAAGGUCACAAAUGCUGUAUUGGAGCCAAUCUCAAAGCAUAUGCUGCCAAUGUCUUCCAAUGCCCACUCCAAAGAUGACAAAGGAACUGAAGAGAGGAAUGGUUUGAGAGGAAGGAACAGGGUUUCUAGAUCCCCCCAUCCAGCUGGUCAUUCUCCUUCAUCUCCUCGAGGCACUCCUUCAAGGUCAAUCAGCAAAUCAGUCUCCAAUUCAGGAAGCUAUCUAGAGUAUGUUUCUCAUUUUUCCAGUGAAAGGCACAGGUCAAGGAGUGUAUCUGGAUCACCUCGACCACGGCGGCGGUCCCUUUCUUCUGAAAGGGUGCAUCACUCCCCAGAAAAACUUACACCUCGUCGAAGACAUUCACCUCUAGGAUCUCUCUCUCCUUCAAGAAGGAGAUCAUCUUAUUCUAGACGAAGAUCCCCAUCGGUUUCGCGUCACAGAUCACCCUCUCCUAUGCGGCGUAGAUUGCGUUCUCCAGGGCGACGCAGAUCACUAACUCCUGUGCGACGUAGAUCUCCACGCAGGUCACCACCUGGACGGCGUAGAUCCCGUUCACCUGGACGACGCAGAUCCCGUUCACCUGGAAGACGCAGAUCCCGUUCUCCUGGACGACGCAGAUCCCGUUCUCCUGGGCGACGUAGAUCCCGUUCUCCUGGGCGACGUAGAUCUCCAUCUCCUUUGCGGCGUAGAUCUCUAUCACCUGCAUGGCGUGGAUCCCCCCCUCCUUUGAGGCGCAGAUCACCAACUCCGAAACGACGUAGGUCACCAACUUAUAAGUCACCUUCUCCUGUUCGACGGUGGCGUCGAAGAUCUCCAACUCCCCGGCACAGGUCUCCAUCGCCAGUAAGACGUAGGUCUCCAAUACCUGCCCGUCGGAGAUCACCGUCUCCUUUUCGACGAAGAUCCCCUUCAUCAAAUGGAUGGAGUUCAUCCUCUCCUAUUAGACAUAGGUCUCCUUCACCAGUCCAAAGGAAAUCCCCAAAGCGCCAGAGGAGGUCACCUGUGCAAUCCCCUAGAGAAAGAAUCAGGACUCAUGAGAAAUCAUCUCCUGUUCAUCGUGAUACUUUAAGAGAGAAAGUUGAACAUGAUGUUGAGACACGCAGACGACCAGAUUCUUUGUCACAUCGAACCCCAAUUUCUAUGAGAUCACCACAGAGAGAUCCAAAGGACCAAAACAACUCCCGUAAUAAAGUGCCAUCUUUGUCAGCUUCACCUGAGAAGUCUCGAAGUCUGUCAGAGUCUCCAGCACACAUAAGGAAAAGCAGUUCUAGUGAAGAUAGGAGGUCUCCCAGUCCAUAUGAGAGUCCUGUGAGGCAAACAAGGAAACGCCCCAGUCCUCCACCAAAACCAAGGCAACAGAAACCUCGUCAUGAGAGUCCAGAAACUAGUGUAGAGGAGGAAGAAUAUGCCAGGGAAGAUGGGGAUCAUAGAUCCAAGUCUUUAGAGAAGAGGUCCACCUAUCCAUCCAUGGUGGGUAAGCAGAGAGAUUCUCCUGUGAAAGUUCAUUCCAAGGAAGAGUACUCUCCUGAAAGAUUAUCUGGUCGUCGAGCUAAUGAAACCCGGGGCCAUUCCGAGAAUACAGAAUUGAGAAAAGAAAUCCAAAAGAUAAAAAGUGAGAGAGCUUCUGGAAGAGUCUCCCAUCACAAAGUUCUUGAUCAACAGAAGUCCCCUUACAAAGAUUCCUUAUUAGGUGAGAGGCAGCAGACAUCAUACUCUGGAGAAGGUUACAAAGUUGAUGAGAAGAAGAAUUCUCACACUAAGGAUUUGGAUCACAAAUCGGAUGCUCUACCAAAAUCCUUAGUAAAAGUUGGUCAGAAAAAUCAGAGUGGUCCUUUUGAUUCUGGUUCUGAGGAAAGUGAUAAGCACAGAUCUGAAGGUAAGGAAAGGAGAAAGCAUAAGAGGUCAGAUAGGCAUGAAGCGGCAUCAGAUGAAGACAGUUAUGAUUCCCAAAUAGAUGGGAGGAAAGAGGCCAAGAGAAGAAAAAAGGAGGAAAAAAGACUACGAAAAGAGGAGAGGCGUAGAAGGCGCGAAGAACGACGUCGCAGAAGGGAAGACCGGCGUGCAGAGAAGCUGAAAGGGAAAUCAAGGGACACUGUCACUCCACCUUCAGAUUUUGAUAAAAAUCAAAGUGAUGCAUAUGUUUCAGAUGGGGAACAUGCUUCAAGGAGGGAACCUCAUUCAAGUGAAUCUGAAGAAGCUGAGUCUGAGCAGAAAAAGCUUGAGAUUGAGUUACGGAAAAAGGCUCUUGAAUCUCUUAGAGCUAAGAGGGGUGUUGGUCACUAAUUUUGUCAAUGCUUGGAAAUUUGGCUGUCAUUUUUCCGGUUUAAUCCCCAUUGCGCAGUAUCUUUUAACAUUUGCUAGGAAUAUUUUUGUUUUGAAUGAGAGUGUAUUUAAAUAUUGAUAACUGUUUAAUGUAGUCUGUCUUUACUGCUGGCAGCUGAAUUGGAUAAAUGAGGACUUCCUGAGCUAUUCUGUUGAGUACAACUUAAUGCUGAAGUUACGUUGCUGCUAGAUUUUCUGGUAAUAAUUGUCUUCCCCUUGUUGGGAAUUUGAUUUUGUUGUGCUUUAGGAUAUUUUGGAAAUGGAUAUUAAGGUGUCUCAUUGCCUU